AAGGGAGGGGGGGGGGAAGAGAAGGAGGAAAAAAAAAAAAGAGAGAGAGAAACCGGCUUCGUGUCCGUAGGAAACAGAAGUAGCAAUUGUUUGUGCUUAAAAAAGGGGGAGCGCAAAGCCGCGGGCGGAGGCAGCGACCGCGGGACCGGCAAGUGCAGCUUUAUUUCGCGAAGUUGAAAGAAGAGGCGAGCGGCGGCUGUCACUGCGCGUCGGACCGGGCACGGAGCGGCCCCUGCCCCUGCCCGGAGCUCACCCUCCGCUCCCCGCCGGGGCGAGAGGCGCGGCUGGCGGCGGGCAGCGGUAACAGCGGCACCCUCCGCCCCGCCGCCGGUACCGCCAGGACCCGCCGCUCUCCUGGAUGCUCCGGAGCCGCCGCCGCCGGGGGCGGCCGCCGGCCGGGAUCGCGCCCGCCCGCAGCGCGGAGGCUGCGCGGGGCCGCGGGAGUGAAGCUGCUGCGGGGAACGGGAGCACCGAGGGAGCCAGCUCGGCGGCUGAGCGCCGCGGGCGCGGCCCGUCCGACCCUGCCGUGCUCGGCCCGGACUAGAGAGGCGGCGGCGUGGGAUGCCAAGGGGGGGACCGGGAUCCCGAGCGGGAGUUGGAUGCACACUGCUACGGAAGACUUUUCCUCGGAGCUGUUGCUGCUAAGUCUCAGAUCCCGACUGUGAGCAAGGUCACCCUAAAGAAUGGCCGAGCCUUCUGGGAACGAGCUGGCGUCCGCGGCUGCCAAGGGGGACCUAGUGCAACUUACUAAUUUGUUGCAAAAGAAUGUAAACGUCAAUGCACAAAAUGGAUUUGGGAGGACUGCGCUGCAGGUGAUGAAGCUGGGGAACCCCGAAAUUGCCCGGAGGUUGCUAAUUAGCGGUGCGAACCCCAAUCUGAAGGACAGUACUGGCUUUGCUGUAAUUCAUGAUGUAGCCAGAGAGGGGUUUCUGGACACUUUGCAGACUCUGCUGGAGUUCAAGGCUGAUGUGAACAUCGAGGAUGAUGAGGGGAACCUGCCCUUGCACUUGGCGGCCCGGGAGGGGCACGUCCGGGUGGUGGAGGUCCUGCUGGCCCGUGCGGAGUGCAAGGUGGGCCACCAGAACAAGCGGGGGGCCACUGCCUACGACCUGGCCAAGCUCUACAAGAGAUCCGCCGUGGUGAAGCUCUUGGAGGGCAGCAGCUUCUCCCCCGCAGCCAUGGAUUAAGCCCCACUCGGACACUGAGCCUUCACCCUCCUCAGUAUUUUUUUUGUUCUCCUCCUCCUUUUUAAUAACAUUCGUUGCAACCUUACUUCUAUUAUUAUAUAUAUAUAUAUAUAUUAUUUUUUCUCCCCCCCCUCCUGAACAGCUGAUAGUGUAAGUCUCAAGAAAUUCUAGAGGUGGGUUUACAGGUAACAGAAACACUUUAAACCCGCACUCCCAGUGAUUUCUUAUGCCUGCCAUUUACAGCCUACUCACAGACUCAGCCGUGUACCUGCCGGUCGCUCAUACCUAGUUUUCCAAGUAUCAAGUUUUAGGAUUUAUUGUAGGUCAUUUGUAUUAAGUCAUUAAUACAUAUUCACAUGCUUAAUGUUGCUGGGCUUUUAAGGAAAGAAAAGAGCCUACUGUGAUUUCUCCCACCCCUCAACGCCUCUCCCCCCCCCCUCCUUUUGCCACCCCUUAUUAGUCAGGCUUAAGGGUUUGAAAACCUGCUUUUGGCUUAAAACAGCUUUUCGAGGGGUAACCUGCAUCUCCCUGCUUGGGCAGAGCUUGAAGUCAAAGGCUGCUUGGCCUGAGGACAGAGGACGGCGCUUAGAGGCUUUGGGGAAUAGCUGCAUUUUGACACUAGCAACAGCUUGUAGCAGUAGGUCACUCGCUUUCCAAACGUAGAUGUCACUUUUCCCCUUUCUGUAUUUAAACUCUCACCAAACUGGUUUUGAAUUUAGUUACCAGAAAGAGUGUAAGUGGUGGUGUUCUGAUGGCCAGAGGUUUCAAACAGCCCAGUUGAGUGGUUCGUGUUUACUGUGCACUGAACGAGAUGAUUUUUCUACUUUCAAAACAAGCAGCAGAGAACCUUUGUGGGAGGCAGGAGGAUGCGGGGGAUGCGAUGCAACACGUUUUCUGCUCGCUCCAUAAGCUGGGUGCAGUUUAGAUGCUGUUUAAGGACUAUUUGCUUUCACCAGCUGUUCCGUUCUGCCUGGAAAUAAACUAUCUCAAUGGGGGCUGCAUCUCCCAAAGCAGGAAUAUCGGGAUACAGUGACAUUUAGGAAGCAGCACUUUGGUAUUCAGGAGAUGAUGUUAUUGCUUGCACCUAAAACCCAAUUUAACCACUGAAUUUUUCCCAUUGCAAUACAGCUGAGAGGAUUCCCCAGACUCAUUUUCUUCUCCAGCUACAACGUUAGGAGCUAAGGACACUUAGCACCGUAUUGGAAGGAGUUUAGUAUGCAACUUAUAACGUUUGUACAGGUUCCAGUUGUUGGGACAGCUGGGCAGUUUCAAGUGCUUUAUUCUGAAUUGCCUAAAUUUCAGUUGCGCAAAAUAGGAGGUUUUAAAUCGAUGUGGAAUGAACUGUACUGAAAACAGCGCUUAAAAACAGGAGGGGGUGUACUUUAGUUUAGAUUUUAACUCUUAAAAAUACCGGAGAUUUUUACCCCCCCCCCCCAGUUCAAUUACUACCGUUUAUCAAGUAAGAAGUGCUCUGCUGAAGCUGCCUGUCACGUUUACCAUCCGCUCUGUCACGCUGCUGUGUUUUCUGAUUAAAAACCUCUGUGAAA